GUCAUUGUGUUAUCGGCUUUUACAACAAACAAACAACGACCAAUGUUAUACCAGCAUAAACCGCCCUGAUAUAGUUAAGUCAGUCAUUAAAGUUUUCUUAAAAGUAAUUACCAGAAAUACAGAGAGAAAGAGCUGGAGGAGUGAGGAUGGGAAAACAAGAGUACUGCGUAACCGGUGGGACUGGCUUCAUCGCCGCCUACUUGAUCAAGUCGUUGCUUCAACACGGCCACACCGUUAGAGCCACCGUCCGCGACCCAGGGGAUGAAGACAAAGUUGGGUUUCUGUGGGAGCUGGAGGGAGCGAAAGAGCGGCUGAAGCUGGUGAAAGCCGAUUUGCUGGUCCCUGAAAGCUUUGACGACGCCGUCCGAGGCGUCGACGGCGUCUUCCACACCGCUUCGCCGGUGCUCGUCCCGUACGACGACAACAUCCAGGAGAGCCUGAUCGAUCCAUGCAUAAAGGGCACGCUGAACGUGCUGAGGUCAUGCUCCAAAUCCCAGACGGUGAAGCGGGUGGUCUUGACGUCAUCCUGCUCCUCCAUACGAUACCGUUUCGAUGCGCAGGCAGCCUCCCCUCUCGACGAGUCCAACUGGACUGACCUCGACUACUGCAAGCGAUACAAUCUAUGGUAUGCAUUCGCGAAGACGAGUGCUGAGAAAGAAGCAUGGAGGAUCGCCGAGGAGCAUGGCAUCGACCUAGUGGUGGUCAACCCUUCUUUCGUCGUGGGCCCAUUGCUUGGGCCCAAGCCCACCAGCACCCUCCUGCUCGUCCUUGCGAUUAUCAAAGGUUCAUUGUGAUUUAAUAUCAAAGAUUAGGUCUUAUUCCCAUAUUAUUAUGCCAAUUGGAGGACUCUGUAGCUGAUUCUUGCCAACAUUUUGGUCAUGAAUAGGUUUGCGAGGGGAGCUUCCAAACACAGCGUUGGGAUUUGUGCACAUAGAUGACGUGGUAGCAGCCCACGUCUUGGCCAUGGAGGACACCAGAGCCUCUGGGAGACUGGUUGUAUCAGGCUCCGUAGCUCACUGGUCGGAGGUCAUUGACAUGCUCAGGCCCAAAUAUCCGGACUAUCCUUACGAGUCCAAGUUGUCGGCCCAGAAAGGAGACAGCAACCCGCACAGCAUGGACACUAGCAAGAUUGCUCAACUGGGUUUCCCUCCUUUCAAGACCUUGGAACAGAUGUUUGAUGACUGCAUCAUUAGCUUCCAGCAAAAAGGCCUUCUCUAGCUAUGCACAAUCUCUCCCCAUCCCACUCUAAUCGAGUUUAUUGCAGAGGGAAUUAUGAUCCCAUGGACCAACGAACUUGUAAUCCAACGGUAUUAAAUAAGCAGUGAAACUCAUUGUUGAUGCACAAAUCUUAUUUUCUUUUCUCGUUUUUGUCAAUAUAAUUUGAUGUUACGAUCACAAUAAGUCGCAACAUGAUUUAGCAAGAAAUGAACAUUUUGCAGAAGAAGAAAAGGACAUGACAAACAAAAAUGAAUUUGUGGUUCGGAGUUUGAUCCCUUUUCGGUUACGUUGAUGCAAUUCUGCUUACAAGUUAACCAAAAUGCAGUUUUCUCCCACUCUGCCAUUCUUCAGUUAAUGGCAACCGCAGGCAGCAUCUCUAACCAAAUGCUCCCUGAACUUGGCGAUAAACGCUUCAGCUCUCUCGUUCAGUUCCUCCUUCGUCAACUUCUCUCCAUCGUCCCCUUCUGACAAUUCAUUCUCGAGCUUCUCUUUUACAACUCCAGAGCUCUCCUUGCUCUCUGUUUCUCUGAUCUCAGCUACUCGAAUCUCCGAACAAGGUUCAGAUUCGGACCUCCCGCCGCAGCUCUGUUUUUGCUGUCUGGGUUUUGGAGGAAUCGAAGCAGGGGAGGUGGAGCGGAGGGAAGUGAGGAAGAUUGCCAAGAGGAGGAAGUUGAGAAGGAGGAAAACUUGAACCCGCCAUCGCUCCAUCAUCAGCAACAUAGCUCCCAACCUCUUCGCGCACGCCAAUGCUACGGUGGUUCCGCCUGCUGCUGCGUAUACGAUCAAGUGCGCCCACUUCUCAUCUUGUUCCCCUUCUGUUGUUACUUCUCCUUCGCAAGCGUAAUAGCUGUAGUUCUUGGAACUGGACUCCAUUGUUG